AUGGAAAAGGAAUUUGCUGUAGAGAAUAACAAGUGGUUGGCCAACUUAUUUGGUUUGAAACAUGUAUGGGCCAGGGCAUACGUUAAACAUGUGUGGUCGGCUGGUAUGCGUACCACACAGCUUAGUGAGAGCUUCAAUGCUCGCUUAAAAGAAUACUUAGCAAGACAAUAUGCACUGCCAGAGUUUUUCAAGCAUUUUGAAACGCUUUUGUUCGACAAGCGAUACAAGGAGUAUGCAGUUGAGUAUAACUUGCUGCAUAAGAUGCCCAGGCUGAAAGCAAGGUCUCCUAUUUUAGAUCAAGUCAGAUGUCUGUACACUACUAACAUCUUUGACCUUUUUCAGGAACAGUUAAUAGUAGUUGGCAUGAGUGAAAAUGUCCAGAAGUGCAACGACCUUGGUAAUGGGGUUUUUUCAUAUGAAGUUGCGAUUUAUAAUGAUAACUUCCAUCGGGUCGUCACAAGGACAGAUGACGACUUAUUAUCAUGUUCAUGUGGAAAAUUUGAAAUGGAGGGUAUCAUGUGUAGCCACACUCUGAAAGUCCUUAAAGGUGUGAUGUAUGCCAAUGAAAUACCCAGCCACUCUAUUUUAAAAAGGUGGACCAAAAGUGGCAAGAACGGCAAGGUGGAAGACAUACUUGGUAGCGAUGUUAUUACAGAUCCUAAAUUGGAAAUUAGGCGACGACACAGGAUCCUCUGUCAUUAUCUAACUGAAAUUUCUACCAUUGCAUCAGUGAGCGAGGAGGGAUUCAACAAUGUUUUGGUGCAUGUGAAAAGUUUGAAGAAGAUUGCUCAAGGAGCAUAA